AUGAGUUCUGAAUCGUUCCCUUCGCUUCAUAAUAAUAAUAUAAACAAUAGCAGCAGAGAUCAUAUUAGUGGUUCCGGAUCAGGGAAGAAUAACACCAAGUCUGACAGCAGUCGUAAUAUAAACGUGCUUAACAAACAGGGUGCCAACACUAGCUUGGAUUCGUUUGACCUGCAAUUUGAUACUUCCUUUGACGCAGCUCUGGAUAACUUAGAAAUUCAUACUCAAAAAGAGUCCCAGAGGAGGAAGGAUUCGGGUGGAAACACCGUGCCUGAAAGUUUUGAAAUGGCCAGCUUAGAUAAUGAUAUUGCAAUACCAAAGAAGCACUCCAUGGACGAUACUAAUCCAUUACUUGACAGGGAAAACGCUUCACGAGCAAACAGCAUGGACAUUAAUGGACCCUACUCAUCAUCAUUAAGAACCUUGUCCAGUGAUAAUAUUUUCCAAAGAUUUUCGAAGUACGUUAAAAGAAGCACGUCGACAAGCGGUUGGAGGUUGCCUUCUAAUGGAACAUCCAUUACACUGAAUGAGGAUAAUGUGGAGAGAGAAGUUCAUCCAGGAACCACGCCCAUAUACGAUAAAAAUAAAUACCCAACAAACGAAGUGUCGAACGCCAAAUACAACGCCAUAACAUUCGUACCCACAUUGCUUUACGAACAGUUUAAGUUUUUCUUCAAUCUCUACUUCUUAAUUGUUGCGUUAUCCCAGGCUGUACCGGCAUUGAGAAUCGGAUACUUAUCUUCUUACAUUGUUCCAUUGGCUUUUGUUUUAACCGUAACGAUGAGCAAAGAGGCCUUGGAUGACGUUCAAAGAAGAAGGAGAGAUAUGGAAUCUAAUAAUGAGCUAUAUGAGGUGGUAAGCCAAAACCGGAUGGUUCCCAGUAAGGAUCUAAAGGUUGGAGAGUUAGUCAAGUUGCACAAGGGCGAUCGAGUUCCUGCUGACAUGAUAUUGCUACGAUCCAGCGAAUCUUCGGGUGAAACUUUCAUCAAAACAGAUCAAUUAGAUGGUGAAACGGACUGGAAGUUGCGAGUUGCGCCUGCUGUAACACAGAGUUUGGAUGACAGCGACUUGCAGAACAAAAUCACGAUCACUGCCUCCGCUCCCAAAAAAUCCAUCCAUGCCUUUUUGGGGAAGGUCACUUAUAAAAACUCCUCCUCAAAUCCAUUAAGCAUAGACAAUACCUUAUGGGCCAACACAGUUUUAGCAUCCACUGGAUAUUGUGUAGGAUGUGUGGUAUACACCGGUAAAGACACCAGACAGGCCAUGAACACAACGGUUGCAACUGUGAAAACAGGAUUGUUGGAACUUGAGAUCAAUAGCAUUUCUAAGAUACUUUGCGCUUCCGUUUUUGCUCUUUCUGUUGCGCUUGUUUGUUUUGCAGGCUUCCAUAACAAUGACUGGUACGUUGAUAUUAUGCGGUAUUUGAUUCUUUUUUCCACAAUUAUCCCUGUGUCAUUAAGGGUAAACCUUGAUUUAGCAAAGUCCGUCUACGCGCACCAAAUAGAGCACGAUAAGACUAUUCCUGAAACAAUAGUAAGAACUAGUACAAUUCCUGAGGAUUUGGGCCGCAUUGAAUACCUUUUGAGUGAUAAAACUGGUACAUUGACACAGAACGAUAUGCAAUUGAAGAAGAUACAUUUGGGAACAGUGUCGUAUACGCCUGAAACCAAUGAUAUAGUUUCCGGUUACGUUUCCAACCUAAUUGGAAGGAAAAGUACAAUUGGGGGUGUCUCAACUUCGAGAAGAGACAUUAGUGGAAGAGUGUGUGACAUGAUUGUUGCUUUAGCAAUCUGCCAUAACGUUACUCCAACCUUCGAAGAUGACGAAUUGACGUAUCAAGCAGCUUCACCCGAUGAGAUUGCGAUAGUUAAGUUUACAGAGGUUGUCGGUUUAUCACUGUUCAAAAGAGACCGGCAUUCUGUCACCUUGCUGCACAGCAAAAGUGGGGCCACCUUCCAUUAUGACAUCCUAAAAACGUUUCCCUUCAAUUCCGAUUCAAAACGGAUGGGUAUCAUUGUAUAUGACAAAGAACGUGAUGAAUAUUUGUUUUUUCAGAAGGGAGCUGAUACUGUCAUGAGUAAAAUUGUUGAAUCAAAUGAUUGGUUGGAAGAAGAAACGGCGAAUAUGGCUCGUGAAGGUUUAAGAACUUUGGUAGUUGGCAGAAAGAAAUUGUCAAAAAAACUUUUCGAACAAUUUAAUAAGGAUUAUGAGGAAGCGUCGCUUUCGAUGUUGAGUCGCGAUCAACAAAUGAGCGGCAUUAUAGGUAAAUUUUUGGAACACGAUCUGGAACUAUUGGGUCUCACUGGUGUAGAGGACAAACUACAAAAAGAUGUUAAAUCAUCCAUUGAGUUGUUGAGAAAUGCCGGUAUAAAAAUCUGGAUGUUGACUGGUGAUAAAGUUGAAACUGCACGCUGUGUGUCUAUAAGUGCAAAAUUGAUAUCAAGAGGACAAUAUGUCCACAUCAUAACAAAAUUAAGCAAACCUGAAGGUGCGCUAAACCAACUUGAAUACUUGAAAAUUAACAAAAAUGCCUGUUUGUUAAUUGAUGGGGAGUCGCUAUCAAUGUAUCUAACUUAUUACAGAGAAGAAUUCUUUGAUAUUGCCAUACGUUUACCAACGGUAAUUGCGUGUCGUUGUACUCCUCAACAAAAAGCUGACGUGGCUUUGAUUAUUCGUGAACUAACGGGUAAGAGAGUGUGUUGUAUAGGCGAUGGUGGCAAUGACGUUAGUAUGAUUCAGUGUGCAGAUGUCGGUGUAGGCAUUGUGGGUAAAGAGGGAAAACAGGCGUCUCUGGCUGCUGAUUUCUCAAUUACCCAGUUUUGUCAUUUAACAGAACUACUUCUAUGGCACGGGAGAAACUCUUAUAAGAGGUCUGCCAAGUUGGCCCAAUUUGUCAUGCAUAGAGGUUUGGUGAUUGCAAUCUGUCAGGCAGUAUACUCGAUCUGUUCAAGUUUUGAACCAAUCGCGCUGUAUAAGGGAUGGUUAAUGGUUGGGUACGCUACGUGUUACACCAUGGCACCGGUUUUCUCUUUGACUCUAGACCACGACAUUGACGAGUCUCUAACUAAGAUGUACCCUGAACUAUACAAAGAUUUGACGGAGGGGAAAAGUUUAUCUUAUAAAACCUUUUUUGUUUGGUGCGCCUUAUCCUUAUAUCAAGGGUGCAUCAUUCAAUGGUUUUCUCAAGCAUUUACUGGACUUGCAACAGACAACUUUACCAAAAUGGUUUCCAUUAGUUUUACUGCAUUGGUCAUCAAUGAGUUGAUAAUGGUUGCUUUGGAGAUUUAUACGUGGAAUAAAACCAUGGUGGUUACAGAACUGGUAACAUUUGCUUUUUAUGUUGCAUCUGUACCGUUUUUGGGAGAAUACUUUCAAUUAAAGUAUAUGACCACUAUCAGGUUUUACGCUGGCCUGUUGGUAAUAUUGUUGAUCUCCAUUUUCCCUGUUUGGGCAUCAAAAUCGGUAUAUAGAGCAUUGCAUCCACCAAGUUAUGCAAAAGUGCAAGAAUUUACAACCGUCUGA